AUGAUAGGAAUUGGUACAGAUAAUGCUUCUGUGAUGGUGGGAGUAAAUAAUGGUCUCGUCGAAAUACUCAAGAAAGAACAUGGCUUAAAACAUUUGAUAUUGAUUCGCUGCGUUUGUCAUUCUCUACAGCUUGCGGUUUCACACGCCUCCGUAAAUACUUUACCUAGAAACAUAGAGUUUCUUGUACGGGAAACCUACAAUUGGUUCUCUAUUUCGCCUAAAAGACAAGAAGAAUAUAAAAAGGUUUAUGAGACUAUAAAUUAUGGUAAACAGCCGCUAAAAAUUUUGAAAGUCUGUGCAACCCGUUGGCUCUCAAUUGAACCAGCUGUUUGUAGGAUUCUGGAGCAGUGGGAAGAACUAAAGCUACAUUUUUCAUUUGCAAUGGGUAAUGAUAAUUGCUACACAGCUGAUCUUUCGUACAGAAUGUAUUGUGAUGACUCAAAUCAACUUUACAUGCUUUAUCUUAAACAAACUUUAAAAGACGUACAAAUAGCACUAAAAGCAUUUGAAGGGGAAGACAAUGAUCCCACAAAACUAUUAGAUACUCUCGUCUUUCUCAUGCAGUCACUUGGAAAAAACAUAGUUUUUCCUACAUUUGAUUUGUUGACAACACCAGUUCCAAACGAAUGUAUGUACGCGAAUCCGCACCUUGGCUAUACGUUUGAACAGAAAAUGUUGGAGUCAAGUUUGUCUCAAGAAAAUAAAAGUUAUUUAAAAAAGAGAUGCAUCGAUUUUAGUCUGAAACUCAUAAAGCAGAUUCAGCAAAGACUACCAAGCAAUGUCACUAUCCUGAAAAAAAUGUCAAUGUUAAAUGUUGAAGAAACAUUAAAAGUGAAUAAAACUAAUGCAUUAGCCGAUGUAGCCAAAGAAUUAGGUUUUAGUAACGAGUUUAUAGACGGUAUGCUGCAAGAAUGGCAUAAUAUUAACUUUAUAAAGUGGAACAACACUACUAACACUGUUCGAUUUUGGAUUAAGGUUUUGCAGUAUAAAAAUGCCGUAGGAGAAAAUCCUUUUUCUUUGAUUUCACAAUUGGCAAUCACUAUUUUAAUACUACCACACUCAAACGCUGAAGUCGAGAGAGUCUUCAGUUCUAUGAAUAUAAUAAAAACAAAACAACGCAAUAGAUUGUCGUUAAAAACUAUUAAUGCGUUGAUCCUGUUGAGAGAUCAGUUAAAAAAACAAAAUAAAAAUUGUGCAUCUUUUGAAAUACCGUCGGAAGUGCUGCAGCUUAUUGGAACGAACAAAAGCUAUUCCUUUGCAACAACAAAAAACGUUGAACUGCAACAUCCGCUUUUGAGCGACGUUCAACCCUCUACUUCUGCUGCGGCUGUAUUAGAUGAGCAUGAGACUGAAGAAUUAUUUGACUUAUUAAGUGACGAUGAUGAAUAUAACUGA